AUGAAUAAGAAAAAAUUGAUUGAUCGCAUAAAUGAGCACGUAAUAAAUCGCUCUUUUGACAGAAAACAAAUUCUAUUAAUCUAUGAGAUAAUGGCGCCUUUUGUCUUUAAAAUUAGUGAGCUAGAGAAUGAGGUUGAUAGAAUUGCUGAUAGUCAAUUAAAUUUGGAAGAAAUUUCAAAGAUUUUAACUGGAGCCGGAAGAACUAUCUAUUUAUCAAAUAUCAAGCAAUUCUUUUCUUGUAUGAAGCAAAUUAUUCAAUUAAAUAAAGAAGAGCUUAAUGUGAGCUAUUUAAGCAAAAUUUUAAAUGUUUUAUCUAUAAUCCAUGCACUCGUAUAGAUUUCUCUUUAGGACUUUUACAAUGGACAGCUGAAGUGCUGGAAUAUUCAAUACCAGGGAAAUGGACUCGAUAACAAUUUAUAGUAGUUAUUAAUAGGAUGAAAUAUAAAUAAUAAUUGUUUCUAAGUCAAAAAGAAACAUAUUUGUUUACGAAACAAGUUGAAUUCGUGACUUUAUCGGAAGAGGUUGGGUUGAUAUGUAAGCGGACACUUAAAAUGGAACUGGGCAAAGAGUAAUGUCAGGGAGAAAGCAGCCGAUAUGUGAAAGAAGUGCAUAAAGACUGUUCCCAGCAGCUUGGGACAGCUAAUCUGAACUAAUCCUUACUUCCUGAGUCGCAGGAUUUUGUUGUGUUCGAUCCAUUGUCUAUUGCCGACUUUGACAAAGCCAAGGUAACUUGGCGAGCCUAAUUAUAAAUGAAAAUGGAAAUAAUCAAAGCUACAAUACACACAAAAUCUAGCAGUGCACCAGACAGAAUUAUUGUCUCAAUUUAAAUUCGAAAGGCAUGAUUUUGUUAAGACUUGCAUAAUCAACUGUGUUGAAUACGAAGAUCCUCCAGCUCAAAAUCUCUGAAGUUUGGGAGCAAGCUCUAGAUUUAGGUGAUUAGUAAAUAACUGUAGAUUAAGUGAUUUUUUUGAUAGUAUAGAUUUCGGUAUAUUAUUAUUCAUAAUAAACGUUAAUGAUAGGUUACUGUGUGAGAGUUAGAAAUGCAAAUUUAAAAUAUUUUAGACAAGAUUUUUGAUUAUAAUACACAUCAGCUUCUCUUAGUGAGCUUUUUUUGCUGCCUAAUCCGUUCAAUCCUUAUCAAGUAAUAUGUGUGUUAAACUUUAAUGGCAAUAAGUAUCACCCUUUAUAUAUACCAAAAUUGAACAUGCAGAUUGGAAUAUGCUAUACAAGAUUUUCAACGAUAAUUCACGCAUAAACUUUAUUCAAUAAUUACCUUUUGCUGCCUAAUCCACUCGAAUCUGCUUACAGUAAUAGCUGUUAAAUGCUAACAGCAAUAAGCAUCACCCUUUACAUAUACCAGAUUAAAGUAUAAAUUUGAAAGUAUUUUGUACAAGAUUUUUAAUUAUAAUACACAUAUCAGCUUCUCUUAGUGAGUGAGUUCUUUUUGCAGCCUAAUCCGCUCGAAUCCGCAUCAAGUAAUAACUGUUAAAUGUUAAACUAAAAAAUUAAAGUUGAAGAAUUAAUUAGGAGUUAAAAACCAUAACUUUUCAACAGCAAAUAGAUAUCGAAUAUCCAAUGAGUUGUAAAGUGACAAUUGACUUUUUAAUUUUAAAAUGCUGGUAUCUCUUCAAUGUUGUUCAUCUUUUCUUCAUGAAUUGUAAAUUAUAAAUUCAUCUCUCUUCAAUUCUCCAUAGCAAUAGUGAGCUUGCGAUUUCGUGCUGAAAGCAGUACGAGCAUAAAAAACAUUUAAAUUUUGUGUGUAUUGUAGCUUUGAUUAUUUCCAUUUUCAUUUAUAAUUAGGCUCGCCAAGUUACCUUGGCUUGUCAAAGUCGGCAAUAGACAAUGGAUCGAACACAACAAAAUCCUGCGACUCAGGAAGUAAGGAUUAGUUCAGAUUAGCUGUCCCAAGCUGCUGGGAACAGUCUUUAUGCACUUCUUUCACAUAUCGGCUGCUUUCUCCCUGACAUUACUCUUUGCCAGUUCCAUUUUAAGUGUCCGCUUACAUAUCAACCCAACCUCUUCCGAUAAAGUCACGAAUUCAACUUGUUUCGUAAACAAAUAUGUUUCUUUUUGACUUAGAAACAAUUAUUAUUUAUAUUUCAUCCUAUUAAUAACUACUAUAAAUUGUUAUCGAGUCCAUUUCCCUGGUAUUGAAUAUUCCAGCACUUCAGCUGUCCAUUGUAAAAGUCCUAAAGAGAAAUCUAUACGAGUGCAUGGAUUAUAUUAUUAGUGCAAGUCAGGCCUCUAAGGAAUAUUUAUCCACUUUUUUAAUGCACAUUGAAAAUAAUUUGCAUAGGUGGAAAAAAAAUGAUUUAUUAUCAAUCAUCAAAAUCUAUAAGAAUAACAAUCUUGGCUAUCAAGAUUUGCACAUAAACGCAUUAAAAAGACUAAAUGCAUUUCUCUGCAAUAGUCAACCUAUAGAAUUUGUUACUGAAUUGGCUUCUCUUUUAAAAAACAGUGAACGUAAGAAUUAUAUUGCUGAUGAAAUAUUUUCAAAGAGUUAUCAAAUAAUUAAGGAAAAAUUGUCAAAAGAGUCAAUAGACUUCGAAAAUUUAAAACAAAUACUUGAUUUUAUAGGCCCGAAUAUUGAUCAUCAGACUGCACUGCUAUUAGCUGACCAAAUAAAUAGUAAAAACUUUAGUCAUAAUGACGCGAUGGAAAUAUUUUCAAAAGCUUCAUGAUUGUUAUGUAUUAAUAAAGAAGGAAAACUUUUCUCUUUGGCCGAUUUAAUUCAAAAAAAAUUUAGCUAUAAUCAAUUUCAAAAACAUCAUAGAAAAAUUGAUAUACUUAUUAGCAUUAUCCUUACAAAGAAUUAUGAGAUGCAUGGUCUCCAGGAAAUAAAAGAAUAUCUUAUAGAUGAAAUAAAAGAGUCAAUUACUUUAAGCAUUGACAAUUUAAAGAAAUUUAUUAACACUCUUAAAGAUAAAGAAUAUAGCUCAAAGCUCUACAGAGAAUGAAAACCUUUGCAAGCCACAGCUUUUCGCUUAUUAGAAAAAACACAAAUAAAAAAUAAUAGCCUACAUUUUUCGAUGUUUUUCUAUGAGUCUAAUCCUGAAAAAUGAAAAGACUUUGUGAUUGAAAAUAAAAAUAUCUUUUAA